UCAAGACCGAGUGUGAACGAGCGUCACGGCGUUGCUGAACUCGAUUCACGUGAUCAGUUCAUAAUUUUUGUGUUGUGAGAACCUGGUGACCCAGAUUUGUGGGAGGGAUUUUCCGGUGAAAUUGUUGGACCAAGUUUUGAGAAGAUUUUUGACUGUUCAAAACAUUGAAAGGUGUGAGCUAUGUAAAUUGGUUAUAUAAGAAAGUACGUUCUGCAGUUUCAAGAUUAGUAGUGAUCAUGAAGGUGAUAUCGGUGAUUGUCAGUUUUUUGCUGAUCGCGAGUGAGGCACGGAUCGUCGAGUUUUGGCAACCUCGCGGGGACCGUUUGUACAGUGAAGAAUCGUUGACAGACAGUUACGGUUCGCCGUUCGUCAGUAGCCACGAGGACAUUUACGAGGACAGUGAUGUUACCGAAAGGAAACGAAGCCUUCGUACAAGUUACUAUGAACCAAAUUAUGGAUAUUCCAAAGCUACCAACAAGUGGAAACCGGUUGAACAAAGUGUAACGAAGCCAAAAGUGAAGUCCAAAUAUUCCAACAACAGAAACAGUGCAAAGUAUACAGCGUACGGAAAGCCACAGCAAAAACCCUGGAAGGGAUUCAGCUUUGGAAGUGGACAACAGUAUCGACAGCCGAAACCGGUACCAGCUCCUGUUUAUGGAAAUCGGAAGAAGGAUCACCGAUCGGCGCAGGUGUUGUACGAUGAGGGAUAUCAAGGACCUCCGCCACCACCACCACCGCAACACUACACGGCACAAGCGCCCCUUGUGCCGUUCUAUCACGAACUUCAACCCAAACCCUCCUGCGGCAACAGAAUCGUAAUCGGAUGCACACCAAAAGUCACCCAAGUACCGUGUGGAUACGGUGCACACCUUCAAACCUACCAGCAGCCUUCCUACUACCACCAGAGUGACGUCGUUGGAUCUCCCGAACCAGCACCCUUCCCGGUUGAUCCUCAAUAUCUACCGGACCAACCCCAACCCCACGGUUACAACCCACUGGAAUCACCACUACCACCUCCACCAGCUCCAAACUCCGGCUUCUCCUACCAACCCACUCAUGAAGUUCCUCCACCUUCCCACCAACUUCCGAUCGCCCCCGCUGGAUACAGCUUCAACCAACCCCCGCCCCACGAACCAACGACCAAACAGCCCUUCCCGUUCAACAAACACGUGUCCAGCUUCUUCCAGCCGAAAACCACCGCCAAGCCGUCCUCCUCGUACGCCCCACCCUACCAACCAACCUACAAAGCCCCGUCGGAACCGUCCGGCUUCCCGCUCCGAUCGCCCCCCUCCUUCUCACACCCCGUCAAAGAACCGACCAACGAAACGCCCCACCCGGCGCCCCACAUCUCGGCCUUCCCCUCAACGCAACCCCCCACAACGUCGUCGACCUCGUCCACCACGAUGGCCCCCCGGCGAUUGCCGACGGUUCCAGCCGACCGGGACCAGAACUACCGGGUCGUGAUCGAGGACGACGUGGCCGCCGCAGCCGGGAACAAGGAGUCAUCCGGCGAUGAAGAACCGAGCUCGACCGUUCAGCCUCCGACGCCGACCACGCACGGUCACGAGGAGGGGCAUGCGACGACACAAGCCCCGCCGCCGGCAUGAGGGCAAAGGGUGGUGAGGCCGAUGAUGGAGGAGGGAAGACCAACCAACAACUACACUUUUGUUUUAAUUUAUUUUCUGCCAAAAUGAGGAAAUCAAUAAAAAUUGCGGCGUG